CGAAGUCGUACUCCAUUCAAGGCCAUUCUCUGGCAAGAUUCCUCUAAUUUCAUAGUCCUAAAUCAAGGGCUAAGGAGUACCCAUUCUGGCCACAUUUGAGGCAGGCGUGGAGUUAAUAUCCUUUAUAAGCCUAUAACAUAAAAAAGAGCAAAUAUUAAACAACCGGUAUACCAUACCGAUGAAGUAAGAAAUUUUAAAUAACCGCUAAUAAAAUUAAUAAAAGCAAAGAAAUAAUAAACUUGUUUGCCUUAAUAAUGAGUCGUCAAAAAAGCAAAAUCAAAUAAGCACGCAAAUUAAAAUGCAUACAAAAACAUGUGUCUUGUUUAAAUCAAAAUCCGUUCUCUGCACACCCGGAUCAAUGUGAGUACAUUACAACUCCAUCAUCAAAUACUUCAGCUUUCAGAAUGUAUUCUGCGCCUCGGCUACUCCACCAGCAGUACGCCGAUAUAUGUACAUGCAACAGCACAGUUUAGAAUCACUGUGUGACUCAAUGCAUCUAACGCAUUUAUACACACAUACGUACACUCCAUAGAUAUUCUGUUAUCAGUUGCUGCUUGUGUGCAUUAGUAUUUGAAGUAUGUAUGUUUGUAUGUUUGUAUUAGUUUUAUGUAUGUACCCUGCAAAAAUUCCAUAACCGAUUCUCAAACACAUUCAAGCAUUUUUACCAAUACAUAAAAAAGCAUGUUGAAAAUUUGUUGUAAUGAUUGGCAAAAAGAAACAACAUCAAACUUUCACAUUAUGCUUUAUUCAUUCGCGCAUAUUGUGUGCAUAGGAAUGGAGCAAUGUUUCAUUUUACCGAAAAAGACCAAAACGAAGAAAAUGGUGUUGCCCAAUCGACAAAAUCAAUUAAUUUGCAAAGCUUUUUUAAAAAUUCGGGCAAAUUAGAAGAAGAGAAAGCAAUUCCACCUGUUGUGGCAUUUAUUUUCAUGUCAGUGGCAGCACGACAUAUGUAUCACAAUUAAUUGCAUAUUUACAAGUGAACGCGAAAGCCGCAAAAAGACGCGCGAGUGAAUUAACGAGAAGAAAACAAUUACAUCAGCAAUAUGAUGGAGUCGAAUGAUAUUUUUAAUGUGACGCCACCAUCAACUUCCACUCCUAAGGGCUUAAAAAGGAAAAAAGUGCAACUAUCGCAUAAUUUUUACGCUAGCUCUUCAAGUCAAGUACUCACUCCGCACAGCCAAAACAUGUUUUGCUCUGAAGAAACUGCAACUGCUUCCGAGGGCUUAGAUGCAAACAAAGAUAUAAUGGCCAAGUUAGAUUUAAUUUUGGAAAAGCAAUUGAACUUGGAAAGUCGCCUGGACAAAUUGGAAGAAAACAUAAUUAAUAAAACUGAUGUCAUGGCCCACCACAAAAUCGUGCGAGAGACGAAAGUCCUAGUAAAAAAGGUGCAGCAGACAGUGUGCCGCAUCUCGGGAGAAAGUUGCGAAGACUUUCACACCGAACUGGCAGUUCUUAUGCCAAUGCAGACCUUGGAUGCGGUCUUUGAUUUGGAGGAGAAGAUAUUAGAAAAAAAUUAUGAAGAUGCAGUUAUAACAUAUCUUUUCACUUUAAAGGGCACUUCUGGGGAUAUUGGCGAAGUUAUGAAGCGAGUUUUUGGCGACGAAGUCCUCAGUUUGUUCAAUUGGGAUGGGAGGUGCGGGAAGAAAUCGCUUUCAGAAUUAAAAAUAGUUAGCGUGGCUCUAUUUGAAAUUUUCAAACUGCAUGGACGCAUCGACUUCGAAAAGGAAGUCCGAAAGAGCGUUGAGCAAAGCCACAACAGGCAAAAGCAAAAACGCUAUUUGCUGAACAAAAAAAACAUAACAAAAUUGUAAA